CUUCAACAUCAGUAGAUCGACGGCUAAAGUGCCGGAAGUGAGUGUGACGAAUUUCCUCAGAGGAAAAUCAGAUGGCUAUAACCGCUGGAGGUGAGGAGAUGAUGCACGGUUGGCCAGAUGUUCCGUUGGAUGGGUCCUUCGGCUUGGAUGACCGCUCACCCAGUCCCAUCUUCGCAAAUGGUCGUAACGGAGGACACCACGGUCGACUUGCUACCUCUUCCACUGCUCGAGGACGAGGAACAGGGGGAGGACCGACACUGCAUCCAGCGGCAGCAUCAAUUACGACUAGAUCUCUUGGAAAGCAUUCUGUAAAGAACAUCCUUGUCGGUCUUUUUUGGUUCUCACUCAAGAUGAAACAUUAAUGCGACAAGGAUGCCGCGCCAGGGAUGCGCCUGCAGUAGCUCUAAGUCAUAAGGUGGCACUAUGGGGACAGAUGUUUUUGACCAACACGUGGAUAAGAAUAUGACGGCAUCUUCUGGAAGUCAUCCUAUGCGAGCCUCUGUCGCGAUCCCAGGCAGCUUUCCCCGUUUUGGAUUAAGGCUUCUAGCAUGACACAUGUGUGGGCGCGUAUUUAUCAUUCAGGCGAUAUUGACAACGCGUCCGUGCAGCAACAUAACCAUAGCGAGAGAUGAUCUGAUAAGGAAUCGUACUCAACAGUUUCUUACUCCUUUCUACGACUCGGCUCAUUGAAAUUCAAAUCGAAUUUCUUACUAUAUGAGAGAACCAAGGCCAAUGGUUCGAAAUAGAAAGUAAGGCGUUCGUACUAUGAGUACGAGGUAACCGCUUUGCGUUUGCAGCUGCUUCAGUAUGAUGAGUUGAUACCCUAGAAGCUCUUCUUUCUAGCUCUAAGUUUAACAGGCGAAUCAUUGGAGGUCACGCAAUUGCGUCAGUAUCUCAUGGAGCGGGAUGCUGUCAUCGGGCAACUCGAGAAUCUCCUCCAAGACCAGUCCAGUAGGUCAGCAGACGUGUCGAUACUACAGAUUCAUGUCAUUUGUUUGAACUUCUGCGUUGAUGGAGCUUAAUGAUAUUGUCCAACACAAGUACAACUACGUAAUUCUUGUUUUUUGGAUACGGUCAAGGUGGAGUAGAAUAUCAAUAUUGAAGAGUUGAUGACACAAAAUGGCGCUAGUAAAGGCAUAUUGGCGAGGACAGCAGCACGUCUUCGUAGUUGGCCUGAUAUUAAAAUAAGUUUUUGAAUCCUAUAAUCUAGGUUCCGGCAGUCUAUGCAGCAGGUCCAAAGUGAGCUUUUCAAUGCAACGAGAAGCGAGAAAGAGAUGCAAGUGCUAUUGCGAAGUCGACAGAGCCAGGACCAAGAAGAGAAAAACCGCUUGUCGAUGGAGAAGCAGAGGCUUGAGCAGGAGCUUUCACUAAGGCAUCUUCGUUUGCGCUAUUAGCUAAUGCACUUAAUGGCUUUCUGAACAAAGAAAAGAGAAUACUUUUCUACAGGGUAAAAAGGAAUUCUAGUUGGACUAGAACUAGAAUAGUUCAUGAGCAGACACGUCCUCAGCUGCAAAUAAUUAUCGAGCUCGAGUAGGAGAGAUCGAUAUUCGUUCUUUUGAUUUCCCAGCUCUAAUGCUGUAUGCAGCCAAACAGCAGUCUAAAGAAGAGCAAAAGUGGAGACUCCGAGCAGAAGAACUUGAAAAAGAUCUAGCUGACAAAAAGAUAGACGCGCAACGUCUAGACUUCCUCGAACGUGAC